CGGGGCGAGCUAGUCAUACAAAAAUGUGUGUUUUCUCCUGUUUGAACUUCCAUUGGUGUCUAUGGGUGUGCCAUGGUUCUGUGAGCCGGCCCUAAAUUGUUGACAUCAUUGUUGACUCGGAUCACUUAUCCGUACUGCCGGACCACUCUCUAAGACUACCAUCUUAUCUUUUAACACUUACCACUAUUCAAACGAUAGAAGUAAAGAGACCAGUUUGGAUCAAAGAACUCAGGACUUUCCGAGCAUUUUCAAGAUCCACAGACAUGCCAAUGGUAUAUGGCCGCAUCAUGCGCAAAAACUCGACCAAAGAUCAAAUUUCUCCUCUUCCUCAAGAAUUGGUGGAUAUCAUCGUAAACUACCUGGAAGGCGAUACCCGAACCCUUAUAUCAUGCUCUCUCGUCUGUCGGAAACUAUCAUCGCGCUGUCGAGCCCUCCUCUUCAAGCGAUGCGUGCUCUAUUCAGGCGACGAGUGCAAUAAGCUGCUGGAUUUCCCCGAAUCCACACUUCGACAUAUCAAGACUUUAUGUAUACCGUUGGUUUUUUUCUACCCCCCCGCUGUCCGACCAGAAGUCCUCAAUCAUCCAUCUUUUCAUCAAGUCGUAGCAUCCUUAGGACCUCUUGACCUUGAGGUCGAUACCCUAUCUUGGUCUCAGUUGAACGACGGUGCACGGAAAACCUUGUCAGCCCAUUCUUUCCGCCGUAUUGACAUUCAAUCUGGUCGCUUUCAGAGCGUAGCCGAUAUCUGCUACCUCCUACGCAGUUCGCAUGAUCUGGAGACUCUCAUUCUGCCAAAUCUCCAGAUAGAGGAAACCACGAUAACUCAUCCACCUCAUGAGGUGGGACCGUCAGUGUCGCAUCUGACAGUAAAUUCGGGGGAGGACAGGCUAAGACUGUCCCAGUCUAUCGUUUCCUCCUCGUGUCCCGUAUCUGUCAAUAACCUACGAGUACUCGACGUUAACAUCUCGCAUGCCGAAGACCUUGGACUGUUACGAGAGGUGUUGGCCAGGACAGAGGACUUGCAAGUACUCAAGGUGUCGCAUGAGUUUCUCAAUUCCAAUCCGGAAUUACUGCCGGCAGCAGACCUCAAUCUGACGAAAGUCAAAAGUCUGACCGUCAGGAUGUCGGACUAUCAGGAACUCGAAUGCCCCGUUGUCUAUCCAGCCCUUUUUCGAUGGUGGUGCGAAGUUUGGGCCAACGCCAGAACGACAAGAAUUGACGAGCUGGUCAUUCGGGCGACGCUUGACAGAUUUAAUAAUCCAGAGUUUGAUAUUACUCUGUGGUCUCAGAUAGCCGGGACGCUAUCGAAACCGCCGUGGAAGACUCUGUCGACGCUAACGAUUGUGAUUUAUACCUCGAAUGACCUGUAUGCAGAGAGUAUAUUCUCUCCAUACAUAAAGAAAAUUAAGGACAUCAUGGCUGAUUUACUGUCGGGGACACAGUCUGUGGAAGUCGAUGUUAGCCUGGAAUACCCCGAACCGGACAAUGAGUUCGAGUAUGAUGGGGACGACCCGGUAGAAGGGGAAGAGCCUACUUCUGAUGAUGACUUGAGGAUCGGGUAUCCGUUUUAGCAGACAAGGUGCACCAUCAAUCCAGUCGUUCAGGUUCGAGCCCUUCCAACCAAAUGCAUGUAACAUAUAUUCGUUCCUAAACGGUUUGAGUCGGUGCUUCCAAGGGACUUAUCGAUGCCGAUGCCUACAGUCUUGGACCGAAUCCCACGCUAUUCAUUGAGGAGCGGAAGUUAAGUUCCAGUCCUGCGUCCAAAUUACCGCCCGAAGAGAUCUCCGCCCGUUUCUCGAUGUUUCGGUAUUAG